GAUCAGUUUAGCACAGAAUUCGCAAACGACUUGAAAGUACUAGCCCAUAUCAACCAUAUACCGUGUAUCCAAAGGGAAUCCAACGAAAACAAGAAUCGUCUGUCCAACACAGUGAUUGACCAAAGAUCACAGCUCUAAUGCUCGUCUGGAACGAUAAACAGGAUACAAAUUUUUCAUUCAUUUGAGCAGAGUGCUCCAUUUGCCAGAAAUCGGGACCGGAGACAUCGUCGUAAUCAAAAAUAUUAGCAAUAUUUGUUUGUGCUUUUUUUUUGUUUUUGUUUAUUUUGAUUCGAUUUGGUUUGGUUUGGUUUGGCUAUUCGAUUUUCUUUCGUUGAAUCGGGAAAAGGGCCGGCCUGGUGAUAAUGCCCAGCAGUUUUGCCAACGAGAGUCAGUUCCGAUACCAGAGCAGCCGCAAUCGUGCCAGCUGCACAAGCCGGAGUCCCAGCGAGCCGGAAUCCCCGGCGCCGGUGACGCCCAAUUGCGAUGUAGUCGAUCAGGCGCUGGCCGAGCUGCAGCUCCAAUCGCAGGACAUACGCAAGCAACAGGACCUGGUGGACACCACAGCCACGAGCAGCAGCAGCCGAAAGCGUUCCGGAUGGGAGAUAAAGGGCUCCAAGCUAUCCCUUAACACGCACAAUCGCAUUCGGAACAUUGUCGAGUCGCUAAAGAUCAAACCGAAUCCGGAGAAGCCCAUGAUACCGCUGUCCAUUGGUGAUCCCACAACCUUUGGCAAUCUAAAAGCCGCCGAUGAGACAAUGAAGGCGGUGCUGCAUUCCCUGGAGAGCGGCAAGUACAAUGGGUAUGCCAGCACCCAGGGUCACGAGAUAGCCCGCAAAGCGGUGGCCAAAUACAGUGCCCACCAGCGUCCCGACGGAGAGAUCGAUGCCAACGAGGUGGUGCUGUGCAGCGGCUGCUCCUCCGCCUUGGAGUACUGCAUCCUGGCGCUGGCGGAUCGUGGUCAGAAUGUUCUGGUGCCGCGACCGGGUUUCUGUUUGUACUAUACGCUGGCCCAGGGCUUGGAUAUCGAGGUGCGCUACUACGAUCUUCUGCCCGAUCAGCAGUGGCGCGCCGAUCUCGUUCAGCUAGAGAGCCUGAUCGAUGAGAACACCGCCGCCCUUUUGAUCAACAAUCCGAGCAAUCCCUGUGGCAGCGUCUUCGAUGAGAAGCAUCUGCGCGAGUUGAUAGCCAUCUGCGAACGCCACUAUCUGCCCAUCAUUGCCGAUGAGAUCUAUGAGCACUUUGUGUUCCCCGGCUCCAAGCACUUGGCCGUGAGCAGCCUGACCACGGAGGUUCCAGUUCUCUCCUGUGGCGGGUUGACCAAACGCUUCCUGGUUCCCGGUUGGCGAAUGGGUUGGAUCAUAGUGCACGAUCGCAAGAAUCGUUUGCGCGAUGCCAUUGUCGGUCUAAAGAACAUGUGUGGUCGCAUUCUGGGCUCCAAUACCAUCAUUCAGGGUGCCCUGCCCGAUAUCCUGACCAAGACACCGCAGUCUUAUUUUGACGGCGUGAUUGAUGUGCUCCACUCGAAUGCCAUGCUGGCCUACAAGAUGCUGAAACAGGUGCGUGGCCUCGAUCCCGUAAUGCCCAAUGGAGCCAUGUACAUGAUGAUAGGCGUGAGCAUCGAACGCUUCCCGGAAUUCAAGGACGACACCCACUUUGUCCAGGAGAUGGUGAAUGAGCAGAGUGUCUUCUGUCUGCCGGGCAGCUGCUUUGAGUACCCGGGAUACGUGCGGAUCGUACUUACUGUGCCCGGGGCAAUGAUCGAGGAGGCGUGCUCCAGGAUUGCCGAGUUCUGCGAUCGCCACUACAAAAAGGAGUCGCGCAAUUUCAUUGAGCACGGACUGCUCGACUGCGAUGAUGUGGCCUUUUGAGCUGGGAGCAAAACAUUUAUUAGAUAUUCUAGACUACAAUUUUUAUCAAGUGUACAUAAGUGUAUGUAUGUAUAUAUACUAUAUAUAUAUAUAUAUCAAUCAUUUU